CCUCGGAGGCAGGCGCAGAGCCCAGGCCGCCAGGGUCGCACGGCGCGUGGAGCGCUGGGGAGCCAGUGUAAACGCGCUGGCUCCCCCUUCACCCCCAGCUCGGGCAACUGCAGACACGUAGCAAGCAGCGAGGAACCCCAGCCGGUGACCUACCUUGUCACCCUGGGACGCGGGCACGUGGCUGGUGUAACUGGCAAUGCCCCGCCCCCUCUGCAGUGAAUCUCCAGUCGGCCUGGCUCACUAGUGAGCUGAGACGUGCACAGGCUUCUCCGGUGGCGCAGUCUGGCAUGGCUUGGGGACAUGGCCAGAAGGGCUGUCAAGCUUGCUUCAUGGACCAGCAUGGCUCUUGCUGCCUCUGGCUUCUAUCUCUACAGUAACAAGUAUUUGGACCCUAAUGACUUUGGCGCUGUCAGGGUGGGCAGAGCAGUUGCUACGACAGCUGUCAUCAGUUAUGACUAUCUCACCUCCCUGAGGAGUGUCCCCUAUGGCUCAGAGGAGUACUUGCAGCUUCGAUCUGAGGUCCACCUCCGUUCGGCCAGGCGUCUCUGUGAGCUCUGCUGUGCCAACCGGGGCACCUUCAUCAAGGUGGGCCAGCACCUGGGGGCCCUGGACUACCUGCUGCCCCAGGAGUACACCAGCACGCUGAAGGUGCUACACAGCCAGGCCCCACAGAGCAGCAUGCAAGAGGUCCGCCAGGUCAUCCGCGAGGACCUGGGCAAAGAGAUCCAUGAUUUGUUUGUGAGCUUUGAUGACACCCCUCUGGGGGCUGCCUCCCUGGCCCAGGUCCACAAGGCAGUGCUGCAUGAUGGGCGGACAGUGGCUGUGAAGGUCCAGCACCCAAAGGUGCAGGCACAGAGCUCGAAGGACAUUCUCCUGAUGGAGGUGCUUGUCCUGGCUGUGAAGCAACUGUUUCCAGAGUUUGAGUUCAUGUGGCUGGUAGAUGAAGCCAAGAAGAACCUGCCUUUGGAGCUGGAUUUCCUCAACGAAGGGAGGAAUGCAGAGAAAGUGGCCCAAAUGCUCAAGCACUUUGACUUCUUAAAGGUUCCCCAAAUCUACUGGGAGCUGUCCACCAAGCGGGUCCUGCUGAUGGAGUUUGUGGACGGAGGGCAGGUCAACGACAGAGACUACAUGGAGAGGAACAAUAUUGAUGUCAACCAGAUCUCACGCCACCUGGGCAAGAUGUACAGUGAGAUGAUCUUUGUCAAUGGCUUCGUGCACUGCGACCCCCACCCAGGGAACGUGCUGGUGCGGAAGCACCCGGACACGGGAAAGGCAGAGAUUGUCCUGUUGGACCACGGGCUCUACCAGGUCCUCACGGAAGAGUUCCGCCUGGAUUACUGCCACCUCUGGCAGUCGUUGAUCUGGACUGACAUGAAGAGGGUGAAAAAGUACAGCCAGCGCCUGGGAGCCGGCGACCUCUACCCCUUGUUUGCCUGCAUGCUGACGGCCCGCUCAUGGAACUCGGUCAACAGGGGCAUCAGCCAAGCUCCGGUCACUGCCACGGAGGCCUCCGAGAUCCGCAACAACGCAGCCACCUACCUGCCCCAGAUUAGCCAGCUCCUCAGCCAUGUGCCACGCCAGAUGCUGCUCAUCUUCAAGACCAACGACCUCUUACGUGGCAUCGAGGCUGCCCUGGGCACGCGUGCCAGCGCCAGCUCCUUCCUCAACAUGUCGCGGUGCUGCAUCAGAGCACUGGCCGCGCACAACAAGAAGAAGACCUGUUCAUUCUUCAGAAGGACCCAGAUCUCUUUCAACGAGGCCUUCAACUUAUGGCAGAUCAACCUCCAUGAACUCAUUCUGCAUGUGAAGGGGCUCAGGCUGGCCAGCUGGCUCUUGGCCCUGCUUUGCUGGCUGUUGCCAGCUCCACACUGAACGGACCUGCUGUCCCCUUCCCCUCUUCAGUGUGACUCUAUGGUGGGCAAGGGGUCUUUUCAUUCGUUCUUUAGUCAUGUCUCCACCAGUCACCCUGUUUCUCCCACAUGGUGGCCUGGAGGCCCACGGUCACUGCCAUGGCACCAUUAUACUCCACACCUGGGAUUCCUCUCCCACACUGUAGCCCGUCUUGAGGGCCAUAAGCUGAACCAUGCAACAGAUUUCUCUCCUUAUCGAGGGAGGUGGCACACAGUCUGCUUUCCUAUCCCGGCGUGUGUCGUUGGGUCGGAUGUACCCCACUGCCAUUAGCCCUUCCUUUGUCAGAAUGGACUAUGAAUCCCACUGAAGGCACAUUUAACUUGUAGAAGUUUGAUUUUGUUGCAGGGAGCAUGGUCUCUGAGCUUGCUGGAGAACAGGUUCCCUCGCCUUGCCCUGUCACUCCCCAGAGGUACUCCCUGUCACUCUGCACCUUCAUGAAUGGCUUGUCCUCUGAAGUGGCUGUGCUAUAGCCAUGAGUUCACUGCUGUCAUGAGGACCCCUUUGGUGUUUUAUGUGCUGUGUUUCAAUAAAAACCCCUUCAGGGUUGCAGGGCAGGGCUUGGUUGGUGGGAUUUUUAUUCUUGGUUGGGAGUGAAUUCACUUUGACUAUUGGGUAGGAGUGGUCCUGGACGCCACGUGCCAUGGUGGUCUGCUUGGCUUGGUGCCCCUGUAUUCCUCCAACCUUCCACUGUGGGGCCACUUCCUGCUGCUUGUAGGUUUCCCUCACCUUCCAAGAUGGAGACCUUGGUCCUAGUUGUUCAGAAGCCCACGGCCAGGAGGAACUCAGAGGCUCAACUGAAACCUCAGACUUUUUUCCUCUGGGCUCUCACCUCAUUCCCUGUGACCUAGUACCUGCCUCGUUCUACUAAUUCCUUCCUUUUUUUGUUUUAAAGAUUUUAUUGGGGGGUUGGGGAAGGGGAACAACCAAGUUGUUGUCCUUCAGUCUUAGUUGUGGAGGGCGCAGCUAGCUCAGCUCCAAGUGCAGUCGCCAUCCAGUCACCCGUUGGCAUAAUUCCUUCCUGACUUAGCCCUUUUAGUUCGUCAUUUGAUGCCCCCAGUCCUGGAGAAUGGAGUCUAAACAUCACUCACCGUGGCUAGAAUUCCACUCUGAAACCUCCUUGUCACCUGCUGCCAUCCUGACCCCCCUCCCCCAGCUCAAUCACCUCCUGU